UCCUCCUCUAAGCUUCGGACAAUUAGGAAUAUGGAAUCCAGUGCGGAAAAAGAAUCUUCAUCCAGGUCAUUAGGGGGGGUCUCCCCCACGUUUAUCCUCGGAAACAUGUGCGAGUAGCUCUGGAUAUGAGCAUGAAUGCAUCAUCUCCGCCCACAACUGGAGCGGAGAAGGAGGAAAGACUGGAGGAUAAUGUGGGGUGCAUAGUUUCAAUUGGUCCUUGGGGGAGAAAACCUCUGUCUUGUCAUUGGGGGGCUGUCAUCGAGUCUAUCAUUUCAGAAGUAUUGAGAGAACAGGAGAGCGAAUUAGUGGAUGGGUGAAUAGGUGAAUGUGCACAGAAUGGAGGAAUGAAUGAGUUGGUGAAGAUUAAAUUAAGGAGAUGGAGAUAGCAGGAGAAGCAGAAGAGGAACAAUACAGUAUGGUCACGUCUGAGACAGGACUCCCUCCCUCCUUCCUCAAUUAUUACAUACAGUUACUCCGUACAUUCCUCAAACUCUCUCGCUCUCUCACUUUCUCUCUCCCCAAAUCCCAGACUGCAACCUCCAAACUUCACUGUCUCGUUGCCUUUCUUGUUCCCCCGAGUUCUUUCCGCAAGCCUACCACCCUUAUAAUCAAUUUGUCGGGAACGUGGAAAAGAAGGAAUCUCAAGCUGCCUCAGGUCCUCCGAUCAGAACAUGCUCCUGUCGCAGUGGCAAAUCUCCUCCCUCUGAGCUCCUCCUCUCCUCUCCUGAUGUCCGCCCGUGUUUCACUGCCUCGAACACUCGAUCCGCCGCCUGCCAAACGAGCUCGACUGCAGGAAUCCUCUUCCUCGUCGCGGCGUCGCAAAAGCUCCCCCGAUCUACUCGACGUCACCAACUCCCAUUCUCAUCCUCGACCAUCGCAUAUCUCCUCGCCAUCGCCCGCGGCCUCGUCGGCUCCUUCCCCGCACGCCAAAGUUGCAUCUGGAGCGCAAUCCCGGCGGGCGUUGACGCGCCGUCCGCUGGUCUCCUCCAACACGACCACGUCUCCCCUGUCUCCCAAUACUCCGCGACACUCCGAGCGUCGUCGCAUUCUACGCCAUGAGACGCCCGUCAAUACUCUACCCUCAUUCUAUCUCCACCAGGAGCGUGAAUCGCCCGAUCCCCUAGACACCAUAUCCCCCUCCGUCUCCCGUCGAAUCUCCCCCGCCGGUCGCUCCUCCGCUCCUUCCUCCUCCGCCGCUGCCGCUGCCACCGCCGCUUCAUCGGCCCGUCGCCCGCGCCGUCAAGCUCCGCCCUCAGCACCGGACGCAACACCCAUUCAGGAAGAUUCACCAGCUGCAGUCACACAAAAAUCAAAUCGUUCCACCCGCAGCGCGGUCGCUUCUCAGCCGGCCGCCGAAUCUCCUUCCAAUGCGCGGGAGUCACGGCGCUCCCUCCGCUCCAACGACACAGGCUCUCGCGCCCGCAGCGAGCUAGCGGCCUACUUCCCCAACUAUGAAGAGCUUCUCAGCCUGGAGCCGCCCAAGACCGAAUUCCUAGCCGGUAGCACCACCAUCAAACUCAUCGAGGACCUUCCUGUUCCGAUCGUUGCUCGAAUAAAAUCCAAUUCAGAGUUAGAUCUGGACCGUCCUUUCGGGAAUCCGCUCAUCAACCUUCACAAUUGCGAAGUUAUUGCUCUACCCGAACCUGCUUCGUCCCCGUCUCCCCCCUCAGACCCUUCUGCCGACCCGAUCCCCGAAGAUCCCCUCGAUGAGAGCAUCUUCUUCCGCGCGCAUCGUCGUAACGAGCGCCAGGAAAAGCAGCUCCGGAACAUAGAACGCGAUCGAGCUCAACAUGAGAAGCAAAACCUUGACCGUCUCCUCGAUGAGCUUCAAGGUCACGACUGGCUCCGAAUCAUGGGUAUCAGUAGCCACACGGAGCAGGAUAAGAAACUUUACGAGCCCAAACGCGACUACUUUAUCCGGGAGAUCUCCGCUGUUCUCCAGAAAUUUAAGAUCUGGAAGGAAGAAGAAAAGCGCCGUAAGGUAGAUAAGGAUAAACCCGCCGAGCAAAUUCCCGCCGAUGCGAAAGAAGCAACAGCGACAACGACCACUGCAGCAGCAGCAGCAGCAGCAGCAGAAGAACGAUCGACAGCAGACGCAGAGGGAGAGGGGGCUGCCGGUCACACCACUGCCGCAGCAGACGGAGGAGGGGGUGACGCCCAAAGCUAUUCCGGUGACCCACCAGACCCCAACGACGUCGAUGCCUGGGCUGCUCGUCAACUUCUUCAGGAGGCUCGGUCUGCAACCACUGCAACGGGGCCGACAGGCAAGAAACCCAGAACCACCCUCACCGCGCCCAAGCGGGCCACCAUCACCGCAUACUUCCAGAAGGCCGGCUCGUCCACGACAACGACGACGAGCACGACCACUGUUCCGCCUUCUUCUCUUCCCCCACCGCCGCCAUCCGAUCCCGAAAAGCCACUCACCUCUUUCUUCACCGAUUCAGAUACUCGCAAAGCAGCCCUCUCGGCCUACCGCACGGGCGCUCGGACGCCGUACGCCUUUGGGCAUCGCAUUCCGGACUUCCAGCCACGAGACUUCGAGCUGCCGCCGGACAUGUUGACGCCCGAGGCCAUCGAUUCCUGUCGGCGGAAGAAACGGCGGAUGAGACGGGCGAGUCGGGGCUCGAAUGAAUUGUAAUUUUACCAUACCAUUAAGGGGGACUUGUUUGCGUGCCAUACAUACAACAACCCUUGGAACGCAUAGACUGCUGACUCCAUGGCCCGGUUUUCCCUCUUUCUUGCCUGACGAGCGCAUGUGCGAUCCAUGUAGUAUUCAAACUUUCUUAACGGAAUAAAACUAAUUAAUACCUAACCGCUGCGGCAGCCAAACCUGGUAUGCUGCCUUGGGGGCGAAAGGGGACUAUUCUGCGUCUUAUUACCUAUUUUAUAAUCAUAUCCCCGGGUGUCUAGCGAAGGCUAGAGCUGCAAGGACUAUGCAAGUUUCUUAUUGGAAUGUGAAUUACGUGCGGAGACUUCCAUUGAGUCGAUUCCAGUUCUCAUAGCGC